AUGGCUUCUUGGCGUCGUGGGCUCAUGCAUGUCAGCCUAACAAAUGACUUCGCUUUAAUUUUAGACGACGACAAGUUUUAUCGUCUCGGCGAACGAAUGACGAUGGCUUGCGUUGGAGACGGUGGCGAUGCAGACGAGUUCGCCGAGUAUAUUGUCAAAAAUGUACACCUCUACAAACUGCGUUGCGGUUAUGAACUGGAUCCGGAGGCGGUGGCCACCUUCGCGAGAAAGGCGAUUACAGAUAACCUGCGCACUUCGGAACCAUAUGCAGUCAAUUUUAUUCUCGGAGGCUACAAUCAGACCAAUGGACCAUACGUGACGAUGGUCGAUUAUCUUGGAACGAUGUUCCAGGCACCGUUUGUGAUGUACGGCUAUGGAUCGAUGUUCUGUUACAGCAUUUUAGACCGCCUUUAUCGAGACGGUAAGAUUUGUAAGAUAUGUCUGGUAUUUAUUGUCAGGGGUGAAUAUAUGAUGAGGUUGAAACUGCAAAAACCGGGGAUAAGUAUCGGUGGUUCAUAA